CAGAAAUUACGUCAGGGUUGUCGGCCAUGUUAAUGUUGUAAAACAGGUUGUAUUUUCAUUCCAAAACAGCUGGUUGUAUUUGAAAAAAGCUAUUACUGCACUGAUUUUUAUUCGCUACAUUACUAAGAGAUAAACAUGACGGAUUUUCCUUCAGAACGUGCUAUGGACAGUCCGUCAGAAAGCAACAAUUUGAGCAGCGAUGACUUCGAGCAGGUGGAUAGACCGAAGUCCGAUGCUGGAGAUGGACACGGUGAUUUUGUCGAUCAAGAUGAAGAAGUCACGUCGUCAUCGAUGCCCGGGGAAGAAAAAGCCGAAGAAGACCUAUAUGUUGCUGGUGCGUCGGAAGCUGAACCGCUGGUUGAUCCUCUAAUCUCAUUUGGUGACGAGUCAUCCGCUCCGCCGCUUUCUAAACCUAUUCAGGCUGAAUCUGAUCCCCAGGAACAAGUUUCACCCUCAAUCCCCGAAUCAUCAUAUAUCCCACCUUCGACAACCCAAGAACCUACCCCACCAGUCACCCCAGAGUUAAUAGACUUUGUUGAGAAAACUGAAUCAAAAGAUGACACAGAACCUAAAGAAGUUAAACCUAAAGAUGCUUGGCUGAAAAAUAUUGACCCAAGAGUGAAAUCUACCACUGUGGAGGUUUUGUGUGGCUUUUUGGAGCUGAUCUACUGGCGAGAUGUGCGUAAAACUGGAAUGGUCUUUGGGAGUAUGAUAUUCAUCUUGCUGUCCCUGGCGUACUGCUCACUGCUCAGUGUCCUCGCCUACCUGUCCCUGGCCAUGCUGACCGUCACGCUCACCUUCAGAGUCUACAAGAACAUCAUGAGCGCAGUGCAGAAAACUGGCGAAGGACAUCCUUUUAAAAAAUUCCUUGAAAUGGAGAUAGACUUGCCGGAAGACAAGGUGCAGAAGGCCGUUCAGAACAUUCUCAAACACGUGAACUGUACUGCCAAGGAGCUCAGACGACUCUUCCUUAUUGAAGAUCUCGUAGAUUCCAUCAAGUUUGGUCUGCUGUUGUGGGUUCUGACCUAUGUCGGGUCUUGGUUCAACGGCAUGACCCUAAUUAUCCUAGGAGUUGUGUCUAUUUUCACAUUACCCAAGGUGUAUGAGACCUACAAGGUACAGAUUGACAACUAUAUGGGAAAGGCACAAACGCAAAUCGAUAAGGUUCUUGCACAGGUGCAGGCCAAGUUACCAUUUCUGAAGAAGAAAACCAAGACACAGUGAACAUGAUGCUUUGUUUUUCUUCAGUUUCUUUUUUACACCAAGAGCUUGUGUGAAUUGUGUUUUGCACAGACUGGCUCAUUGAUCAUGUAUUGCCUUAUCUGCACCAGAUCAUGGACUAGGUGGAUGUGCUGGAAGCAAGCAGGAUCCAUGAGGCCAAGUCGGGCAUUGCCAGUUUAUUUUUAAUCGGUUGCCUAAUGUUUAGGACUUAACUUUGUCACAAGGCCUGUAGGUUGAUCGCCUUGAUUCACACAAUAUUAAGUAAUGCUUUGUCAUUGUGAAUGAACUAUGUAUUAUAAUGGAUGCAAAAAAAUGUAAAACAUUUUAUAGUUUAAGCAGAUCUCGUUUAACUUUUAGCAUUAAUUCUAUUAUAAAGGAGAAUUAGAUAAAACCUUGAUAAAUUAGUAGGAAGCUGAAUUUUUGUAGGAGAGCUCAGAAGAUCAUAUUCAUUCCUUCCAUGCGAAGUUCUACAUACUAGUAUGCUAUCAUCUGUCAUUUUUAAUAUUCAAAAUGACCGCUAUCAUGAACAAAUGACGUAACACUAAAAUUGUGAAAACUUACAAACAUGCUUUUUAACAGUCAUUUUAGUGUAUACAUCCAUGUUUUGGUGUUUGGUGAAUCCAUUGAAGUCGUAUAAAUAUCAAGUUUCAUUUGAGUUAAAUAUUAACAUAAAUCCAAGAUGGCGGCCAAUGAAGUCUCUAAGUGGAGAAAAAACUUUAAAAUUCAGCUUUUUACUAAUUUGUUUAGUGUGCUAAUUGAAUUUUGUCUGAUACUUUUGUAUUAGUACUAAAACAAAUCCCAGCCAAUAAGGAGUUCACAGUUGGUGUAACUUGUGCAGAUACUUAAGUUUGUAUUUAUUUUCAUUUGACCUUUAGUUUUUAAAUAAUUGGCCAAUAAAAUCUUUCUCUAUAUAUUCCACCAUUUAUGCACUCAAUGCAGUUUCAUUACACUUUUAUAAAAAAUGUAUGUACUUGUAGAAAAAAUGAGUUAGUUAUGAAAUUCAAUUGGAAUCUUUGUUCAUGUUAUGUCAAAAACGUGCAAAAUUCCUUCAUUAGUUUAUUUUUUGUAUGUUUUGUUAAUUUGGUUUUGGUCGAUAUAUUUUGAAAAAACUAAAUCCUACUAUAGCCACUUAAAAAAUUAUACUCAGAAUGAGGUGAGAAGGACUGAUGAUUAAUUAUUUUAAAACAUGUACUUAUUUAUUUUGAUGAGAAAUUGUGUUUUUAAAAACAAAAUGUUUUAUAUAUUGGCGUCAGAUAUUAAAUAACUUUAUGUAUUAAUUUAAUUACCACCAAUAUGAAUAUCUUUACCACAUUGUGUGAAUUGUAAUUUUGAUGUCUAUGUCAAGCUUUGCCAUUGUCUUAAAUGUAUUCAUGGAAAUAAUAGUAAUAUAAUGCUGCUUAACAUCUUGUUCCAUGUAUUUUGUAAUAAGUAAGUGUAACAGUACUGUGACGUUUUAUGAAUUAGAGGAAAAAAUAUAUAGUUUAAUUAGACGAUGCUUAUUAGUUCUUAUUUUUGUUUAUUUGUGUAUAAUACUUGCAUAUAUUUAAUGUUAAAGGUCUUGUCUAGUGAUUUCAUCAAUAUUACAAGAAAAAUAUGAUUUAAGAGAAUUGUAGAGGGGAGACAACUAGUAUGCAAUUAUCUGGUUAAUAUGUGAGUUUAAAGUUAAUUAAAUUGUUUUCUGAUAUGUCCAUUAACAAAGAUGACAUUAAUAUAAGUAGUUUUAAAAAGCAGUUUUGUAUAUUCAAUGAUACUCAAAUGUUUUAUUGUUAUAGUUUUAAGAAAAUGAUACUGACCGCUAAGUGUUUGAUGUUGCAUGUAGAUUACCACCGAAAUUAAAUUAUUCACUAUGUAACAUUGAAGUGUCAUUCACAAUGGAUGUGUUAAUUUUACCAAACAUGAAAACUAAAUGGCCAACAUUAUAGUUUUCCCUAAAAUAUUCAAAUGUUUUCAUGCAAAGAACUUCAGGUUUUUUAAAUUUCUGUACACCAUUUUUGUGAAGUGGCUAUAUAAAAUUUGAAUGUAAAUAUCAUGUUCCCCAUACAGAUUGAGGUAAGAUGGUGAUAAUUUAAAAAACAUGUUCAUAAAAAUAGAUUAUAUAGAAACUGCAAUAUCAAAAAAAAACAAUUGCUGAGUGACAUACGUACUGAAACUGAUCUUGUGCAAUAUAGCAGAAUCGGAUAUAAUUGUUUUGAAUGUCAUUAACUUAUUCAGUCAGUUUCCCCAAUACUUUUCUUAAGCCAGUGAUUUAUAACUUUAAUGUAUUGCUAUUUAAUAUAAAUUUUUGCCAGCCAGUUUUAGUGGUGUUCAUUGCAUCUUUGUUUCUUCAGUUUCAUAAAUAUUUGCUUGAAACAGGAUUCUCUGGGGGGUUCACAAUGCUAAAAGUUCUAUCCAGAAUAUUAAAAACAAAGUUUGUAGUAAUUUUAAAAAAAUCUAUCUUCAGAUUUUGGUUAUUCUGUGAAGUUUUACUUGUAUAAUUGUAAAUGUUUUCUUUUGUCUUAACUGUUCUACAAAACUUUCCUAUUCCAGUAAUCUCACCAGAUGGACAUGAAAUUAUGUAUUUACAUUGUAAAUAUUUAAAUAAAUAUUAAUAGUAUUAUUGCUAAUAAAUGUGGCUACAAUGGCUCAUAGCUUAUAUUUAAUUGCUGUCUAGUCAUUCAUUGCUAAGCUGUAGGCUAUGUAGUGUCCAUUUUCUUUUUCUUAUUUCUAAGUAUCUGUAACCUUACUGCGAUUCAUUAAUAUAAAUGUACAUUUAUAUUUGCAUUUAGGUACCGUUUGUUCGUUUCAAUUAAUUUUUAAUUAGCAUAUAUGUAAUCCAUUUAUACAUUACAAAAAGAAAUCCUGACCAAAAAAUAUUGUUCAAUGACUAGAUUUUUUUUUAAUGGAUUGGUUAUUAAUUAAACCAGAUUUGAUUUUUAAAAGACAACAUAUUUGUGUGAUAUUUAUAAACUUUAUCCCCCCCCCCCCUAAAAAAAAGAAGCUGCCGUUGCCUAAGAACAUGUAUAAUUAGGUAAUUAAUUUUGCUCAACUAUGUCUAUUUGCCUUCAUAGUGUGCUUUUUAAGGUGUGUAGCCAGAUCGUAUAGUCACACUAGCUUCAUGUGUUUUACAAGACUAAAAUUAUUAAUGGAAUGUCUUAUUCAUUUUUUGUUUGAUUGUGUAAUGCAUUGGGAACUUUUUGACCGAUAAUAAAGAAUCUUCUGUUU